CCAUAAUAGAAUAGAAUAGAAUAGAAUAGAAUAGAAUAGAAUAGAAUUUAUUGGCCAAGUGUGAUUGGACACACAAGGAAUUUGUCUUGGUGCAUAUGCUCUCAGUGUACAUAAAAGAAGAGAUACGUUCAUCAAGGUACAACAUUUACAACACAAUUGAUGAUCAAUAUAUCAAUAUAUAUCAUAAUCCAUUUAGUCAAAACAAAACACUGAACUGUUGCAGUUGAGUUAAAAGGCUAUCCUGUUUUCCACUAGAAUUAUUUUCUUUAAUAUAUUGGGGACAUAAUGUCCUUGAAUGUAAAUCACAAAGAUUACCUGUCAUUCUUUCCUCUGUUUACCCUUAUAAUUCGACAGGGAUUUUGCUAGUUAGGAAUAAAUCACGAUGUGAAUGCUGGAGCAACGGAAUAAACUAGGUGGAUUUCAUCAGUCCAUGAAGUAAUAUGCAAAGAAACUUAUGGCUGGUAAUAAACCAGUAAUAGCCCUUCUGUGUUAAGUGCACUGGUGGCUCAAAUCUGGUCUAGGACACAUCUGUAACUAAUUUGCAAGCAAAUGGAAUAAUUAGUCUACUGAGAUGAUAAAAUUACAUGACAUAUGUGUUUAUCAUUAUUGCCCAUAAUCAUCUUGCAGUCAAUUACCUGAAUGUUGUUGAUACAAUAUUAUUGCCUUCCAUGUAUUGGACCAUAAUUUACAGAUUCUAUAGUGGUCACACUAGCUGGCAAUUCUGAAAAGGCUGUUCUGAUCUUUUCUCUCCUAUUGUGUUUUGUCACUGAUUUCACAAACAAUAUAAAAGGAAGAUUGCAAAUUAAGUGUAUAUCAUUUUCCAAGAGCAUCUUCAGUAUAGCAAACUAAAAUAAUUUUAGCUUGGGGGAGGGUAGGACAAUUUGAGAUAAACUUGAAAUGUAAAAGCAUAAAAAAUAUUAUUGCUUUGUGUUGCAUUUGCAAUAUUUUUUUAAAAAAAAUACAAUCUCCAGUAAUAACAUUCAACCAAAUGUUUAUACAUUUUGUUGCAUUAGUAUUUUUUCCCCAAGGCAACAGUUUGCAGAGCAUUUGUGAGCAUUAAUAAUAUAUUGCAGGUAUAGUGAUCAUUUAAAGUUACAAUGGCACUGAAAAAGUGACUUAAGAAAUAUUACAUUUAGUUAUGAAUAAAAAUGGUCAGAAUUAAUUGCCCUGAUAGAAUAUGAACUAUUAAAAUAUUAGGUAGAACUAUGGAUGCAAUGAAGGGGUGAAACUGAACACCUUGACAAUGAUAACUCAAUGGCUGUAUAAACAAACCCCUUUGAGAAAUUGGCAAACCAGAAGGAAAAGGAGCCAUUAGUUUUAAUAAGAAUACCUCACUUUCCCCACUGAAAAUUGCAGGGCGAGGGGUAUCGGAUAUGUAAAACAGACAAGGACAAAUCUGUGCAGCAUUUUUGUUCUAGCAGUAACUAUAGCAUAUUAUUGUAGAGUAGUAAUUAUAUUGUAGAGGAGUUAAAAAAAUCCUUGUGGCCUCCGUCAGAUGACAUUAAACAGUUGUUUGGAAUGUUAUCACACUGGGGCAAAAUUGAAUGUCACAUAAGGAAAACUACAGGUGUUGUUGAAGGCAUGCUGAAAUAAAUAAUUAUUUCAUCAAAGAGAGAAUCCCCCCAUCUAAAAAUGCUCUUAAAUUGUGCCUUUUGGUUUUGGGUUAGAGCUCUUCUUCCCCCCACCCUUCCGUUAAAUCUAUAGUUUAUAGUUGAAUCCUGUGGUGGCAGGCAAGACUCAUAGAUACUUUGACAAGUUAGGGAAAAGGCUGUGGGUGUGAGGGGGCUGGUUACAGGAUGUAUGUAGAAUUGACUUUUCAAAGAUGAGCACACCAAGGAGCGCAGCUAAUGUAGUUUGUUUAGCCUCAGAUCAAAAGAUGGACGCAACCCAAUUGACUGUGGUUGUUGAUCCCAUGAGCCCUGACUCAGUGCAAUGAUUGAGCAGAAACUUUGCAUGGAAAGAUGGACAAGUUCCUCUGAGUUUUUUUUCCCCCCUUUCCACAUGGGUAGCACACUGGCUCCCACAGACACAUAGGCUUGCCUUAUUAAAAGGAGUAGUGAUGGCAGUCGAUAAGCCCUGCUUUACAUAUGCAUUCCCUACCGCUAAUUUCUUCAGCUCCCGUUCCUCUUUAUAGGAUAAAAGAGAGUGCAAAGAAUCGGGGGUGGGGGAAGCAACUCGUGACUUGAAAUGAUCACAUAAUCCGCCUAAUUUUAAAAACAAAAACAACAGUAAUUUUUUGGCAUCGCGCGGCUCUUGCAAACGAGAUCGGCAGGGCCAACAGGAACUCUGCGGAGAAGUCAGGACACGGUUUCCUGAACGCCUCCCUCUCGGUCAACCUGGACCGAUCUCCUUGAACGAAAAGAAAUCGUUCGCUAUACGAGUUUUCGGGGCUCUCUCUCCGUCCUUAAAAGCCAGGCUUUCCAUAAGGCGGCGAGGCGAGCCCGCCGCUCUCUGGAGCUUAGCCACCCCAAGAGCGCACGGGGUGAUCCGGCACUGCGAUCUUGCUUCCUGUCAGGGAAGGCUUGUCCACUGAAGGCGGCGGGCUUGAAGGGAGGGCGCAUGCUCUGCAGAGGCGGCGCCCUCGGCCGGCAGGUGGUGCUGCCCGCUCGAGUCGCUCGCCUGCGCCCUGAGCGCGGAGAAAAGUUGGGGGAGAGAGAGAGAGAGAGAGAGAGAGAACCGGGGAAGGAGGAAGAGGGCGGCAGCGCGGUUUGCAUUUGCCAGAGCAGCGAGGAGCGCCUCGGCGUGUGCAUGUAGGGGGUGCAUGCAUGGAUGCAUGCGUGCAGGCGUGCGUUCCCUUUCUCUCUCUCCAUAGGAUGUACCGCCGAGCGGUUGGCUCUUUGCUGUAGGCACGCGUCUGGCUCGCCCUGCCUUGCGAGAAGCGCUUGGCACGAGUAGCAGCUGCCGCUGCUUCGCUUCUCUUUCCCUCCGCUCGGCGUGUAAGCGAUCCAGGCGGCUCCUGCGACAAGGCUCGCGAUUUUCCCGGCCGCCGCCGCCGCUGCUGCUACCGUCUGCCUUUUCCUCCCCUUCUCCGGUGGGAAGCCUCGAUGUGCUGCCGCCAAUGGCUGGGGCACAGCCAGGAGUCCACGCUCUCCAGCUCCAGCCGGUCCGGGUCUCGGCCAGCCUCAAGAAGGGCUCCACCUUCGUCAAGUGGGACGACGAUUCUACUAGCGUGACAACGGUUUUUCUCAGAACAGACCCACAAGGAUUUUUCUUAUACUGGACAGAUCAAAAUAAGGUGCAGGAAUCCGAACUGUUAGAUGUCAGCUUUGUGAAAGAUGCUCGAUGUGGGAAACCUGCCAGAGCCCCUAAGGAUCCAAAACUACGCGAACACCUGGAUGUAGGAAAUGCAGGAGGACGACUGGAAAAUCGAAUGCUUACAAUUGUUCAUGGCCCUGACCUGGUCAAUAUAUCUUACUUGAAUUUAGUAGCUGCUCAGGAAGAAAUAGCAAAGGAAUGGUCAGAAGAAAUCUUCAGUCUGGCAACAAACCUGCUGGCACAGAAUAUGUCCAGGGAUGCUUUUCUGGAAAAAGCGUACACAAAACUUAAAUUGCAAGUCACUACAGAUGGGCGUAUCCCUUUGAAGAACAUUUAUCGCUUAUUCUCCUCUGACAGAAAGCGUGUUGAGACUGCAUUGGAAGCUUGUAAUCUUCCAUCUGGUAGAAAUGAUUCAAUUCCUCAAGAGGACUUCACUCCAGAAAUAUACAGGGAGUUUUUGAGCAACUUCUGUCCUCGGCCUGAAAUUGACCACAUCUUCCUAGAACUAGGGGCAAAGAGCAGACCGUAUCUAACUGUUGACCAGAUGAUGGAAUUUAUAAACUUCAAGCAGCGAGACCCACGAUUAAAUGAAAUUCUCUAUCCGCACUUGAAGCAGGAACAGGUUCAACAACUGAUUGAAAAAUAUGAACCCAAUAAUAGUUUGGCAAAGAAAGGACAGAUAUCAGUGGAUGGAUUUAUGAGAUACUUAAGUGGAGAAGAAAAUGGAGUUGUUCCACCUGAAAAACUGGAUUUGAAUGAAGAUAUGAGUCAGCCUCUGUCUCACUAUUUUAUCAAUUCCUCACAUAAUACCUACCUCACAGCUGGACAGCUAGCCGGCAACUCUUCUGUAGAGAUGUAUCGUCAAGUGCUGUUGUCUGGCUGCCGCUGUGUUGAGCUGGACUGCUGGAAAGGCCGAACUGCUGAAGAGGAGCCGGUCAUUACCCAUGGAUUCACCAUGACAACGGAAAUAUCCUUUAAGGAAGUUAUAGAAGCUAUUGCUGAAUGUGCAUUUAAGACAUCUCCUUUUCCUAUACUCCUCUCUUUUGAGAAUCAUGUGGAUUCCCCUAAACAGCAGGCAAAAAUGGCAGAAUAUUGCAGGUUAAUAUUUGGAGAUGGUUUGCUGAUGGAACCACUAGAAAAAUACCCACUCGAACGUGGAAUUCCACUUCCUAGCCCAGCAGACCUGAUGUACAAAAUUCUGGUGAAGAACAAAAAGAAGUCCCAUAAGUCUGUGGAUGGCAGCACGAAGAAGAAGCUUUCAGAACAAGCUUCAAAUGCUUGCAGUGAUGCAUCCAGUGGCUUUGAACCCUCUUCACCCGGAGCAGGUGAAGCAGAGAUAGAGAGUGACGAUGAUGAUGACUAUGAUGAUGACUGCAAAAAAUCAUCAAUGGAUGAAGGAACAGCUGGAAGUGAGGCCAUGGCUACUGAAGAAAUGUCAAACUUAGUCAAUUAUAUACAGCCUGUAAAGUUUGAGUCAUUUGAGACAUCUAACAAACGGAACAAGAGUUUUGAAAUGUCUUCCUUUGUGGAAACCAAAGCACUUGAACAGCUCACAAAAUCUCCUGUCGAGUUUGUGGAGUAUAAUAAAAUGCAGCUGAGCCGAAUUUACCCCAAAGGGACACGGGUUGAUUCCUCAAAUUACAUGCCUCAACUGUUCUGGAAUGCAGGCUGUCAAAUGGUUGCUCUUAACUUCCAAACUGUAGAUUUGUCUAUGCAAAUAAAUAUGGGGAUGUAUGAGUAUAAUGGCAAAAGUGGAUACAGAUUAAAGCCAGAGUUCAUGAGGAGACCAGACAAGCAUUUUGAUCCAUUUACGGAAAGUAUUGUAGAUGGAAUAGUCGCAAACACUUUGUCUGUAAAGGUCAUUUCUGGGCAGUUACUUUCUGACAAAAAAGUUGGAACUUACGUCGAAGUAGAUAUGUUUGGUCUGCCUGUGGAUACGAGGCGAAAAGCUCUCAAGACAAAGACAUCUCAAGGCAAUGCUGUGAAUCCUGUAUGGGAAGAAGAAGCCAUAGUGUUUAAGAAGGUGGUCCUGCCUUCUCUAGCAUGUUUGAGGAUAGCUGCUUAUGAAGAAGGAGGAAAGUUUAUUGGGCAUCGGAUAUUACCAGUAUCAGCAAUUCGACCAGGUUAUCAUUAUAUUUGCCUGAGGAAUGAAAGGAAUCAGCCCUUGAUGUUGCCAGCCAUAUUUGUAUACAUUGAGGUUAAAGAUUAUGUACCUGAUACCUACGCAGAUGUUAUUGAGGCAUUAUCCAAUCCAAUCAGAUACGUAAAUCUGAUGGAGCAGAGAGCAAAACAACUGGCAGCACUGACUCUAGAAGAUGAGGAAGAAAUAAAGAAGGAGGCAGAACAAGGAGAUGCGCCUUCAGAAGCUCACAAUGAACCUAAACCUACACCAGCAGAAAAUGGAGUAAAUUGCACUACAUCUCUCACCCCUAAACCUUCUACUCAGGUUGUUCCAAGCCAACCAACACUGGGUUCUGUGAAAGUUCCAGCCAAAACAGAAGAUCUGAUUCAGAGUGUCCUGACAGAAGUCGAAGCACAAACCAUUGAGGAAUUAAAGCAACAGAAAGCAUUUGUGAAACUUCAGAAGAAGCACUACAAAGAAAUGAAGGAUCUUGUGAAGAAACAUCACAAAAAAACCACAGAUCUUAUAAAAGAGCAUACCACAAAAUACAAUGAAAUUCAAAAUGAUUAUCUGCGACGGAGGGCAGUGUUGGAGAAAACAGCUAAAAGAGACAGUAAGAAAAAAAGUGAAACCGGCAGCCCAGAUCAUAGCCCUUCAACUGUUGAACAAGAGUUGGCUGCCCUUGAUUCAGAAAUGACACAGAAGCUAAUAGAGCUCAAAGAAAAACAGCAGCAGCAGCUACUGAACCUUCGACAAGAACAGUACUACAGUGAAAAGUAUCAGAAACAAGCACAUAUUAAAUUGCUUAUACAAAAGCUGACAGAUGUAGCAGAAGAAUGCCAAAGCAACCAACUAAAGAAGUUGAAAGAGAUUUCUGAAAGAGAAAAGAAAGAGCUGAAGAAAAAGAUGGACAAAAAAAGGCAAGAGAAGAUCACUGAAACAAAGUCCAAGGACAGAAAUCAAAUGGAUGAGGAGAAGACAGAAAUGAUUCGUUCAUAUAUUCAAGAGGUGGUACAGUACAUUAAAAGACUAGAAGAUGCCCAGACCAAAAGGCAGGAAAAACUUGUGGAGAAACACAAAGAGAUUCAUCAGCAAAUACUGGAUGAAAAGCCCAAGUUACAGGCUGAACUUGAUCAAGAAUAUCAAGACAAAUUCAAAAGACUGCCACUGGAAAUCUUGGAAUUUGUUCAAGAAGCGAUGAAAGGCAAAAUCAGUGAGGAUGGAGACCACAGCUCUACAACUUCUUCCCUGGCAUCCGACGGUGGGAAAUUGAACCACAAACCACUGCAAAAUGAAGAGCUAGAAGAUAAUCCAGGAAAAGUGUUUGAUACACCUCUCUAACAGCUCCCACAAAGACCCCGAUUUUAAAUUUCUCUGACAGAGCAAGUUACCAUGUUGUUCCCCAGGAAUGUUCCUCUCUUUGAAUGACCAUUGGGCAGCUUCAGAUAUGGAAAACCUCCAGAUAUGGGAUAUUGUACUGAUUUCUAAAACAAAUGGGUCGGGUGUGGAAAUUACAUCCCAUUUGUAGGCCUUGUUUUUCUUUUUAGUUUAAUGGCAUAAACCAAGAGGUCGGUGUUGUUCUGGCCAUAUUUACAUGUCAUUUUUAAACCACGAGCAGGCUGGAACAUUCUCUGGGGACCAGUAUGUUUUGUGCAGGUAAAUGUGUUUACACCUCUUUAUGAAACAGGAGUGACACAAUAUUCUACCCACGGUUAUCACAGUAUCCGUAAUUAUUUGUUUCUUCCUUGGCAACUACACCUUGAAAGCUUUUGUCAUCUUAACAAUGACACUUUGAGAAAAGAAACUUUUUUUUUCUUUAGCUUUCUGUGCAGUGAUAGUUGGCUGUGCUGGUGAUGUCUCCACAGAGAAUUAGCAGUGUUAGUUCUCUGUAACUGUGGUAACUACUACUGUAGAAUAUAUUCCCAAGCCAAAAUCUCUUCAAGACAUAGUAAUGUGAUUAUACAUGCUUCGGAUGUGAUAUGAAUUCACAUAUGUAUAUGCGCAUUCUGUCUCUCUAAAUCAAACAUGCAGGCAAGUUCUUGCUGAACUUUCCCUUGAGGUGAAAUUAAAAGCUUUAGGAAAGAGACUCAUACAGUCAUCAGAGAUAACUGAUACUGUUAUGAAAUAAUUGUUGCACAAUCAGAAUCUUUCAUUCAGACUUCUGUACUACUUUCAAAUGUAAGAUAGAGUCAAGAAAGUUGCUUUCGAUUAUUUUUGGGUUGCAUCAUUGAUCUAAUCAUUAAACUGGUUUGUGCUAUUAUAUCUUUCUUCUUUUUUUUAAUCUAUGGAACGCACAUGGAAAUGCCAUUUCCCAAGUGUAUAGAAAUAUAGAUGUUUCAAAUCUAAAAUGUUUGUGAGAAUGAAAGAAUCAGAGAAAUCUGAUUAAUUCUACCCUUUUAUAUAGUUAACCUUACAAUGGUUACAGUUCUACCCCAGCAUUCCUUAUUGCUCUACCAUGUGGAUAUUACCAAAACACUAUAUUUUGUUCUGAUAGUGGUAAGGAGUUGGAAUACAUAACAGCGUAUAUGUAGUUUGUUUUCCCUCAGGAGCUCAGUAAAAAUAACUUAUUUUAUUUAAAUGCAAGCAAUAAAUAGAGAUCAAACAAAAUAGAAAUUGAAUUAAAUGCUAAGUGUACAUAGGGAAACUAAAAUUUUGGCUAAACAGUAUUUUUUUUCAUUAUUUACAUCAUGCAUGAAGAAAUGUUGCACAUUGUUAAGAGUAUAUAAAAGAUGAACCGCUUACAUUUUAUGGAGUAAUUUAGAGAAUAUAACGGAAAUGAAAAGUUUCAUUUUGAUUUUAAGAAGAUGACUCCUAUCAUUUAUUCUACUUUUGCACUUUGAAGAUCAAUAUUAUUAAUCAUUAGAUAUAAAAACCUGGAAGGGUCAAAGUUUAAUGCUGCAUUUUCUAAGGUAAAAGAUAAAUAAAUUUGUUUCGAGUUAGUCAGGCUACAAUAAUCCAGUAUUGAUAACAAUUCUAUAGGUAUUUCUUUGCCAUGCUUGUAUACUGCAGUUUCAGACAAAUAGGAGAAAUUCUGAUAAGCUUUUUAAUUUAUGAUGUAAAGUUACCAAGUUAAUGGUUGACAGAGUAGUUGGUUUUCAGUACAUUUGUAACUGAUCAUUGACUGUACUUACUUUUUUAAUAUCUGUACAGUGCCCCUUUUUGCAGUUGUAGUUUUAGUGUGUAAUAUUGUAUAUCUUGCAUUGUUAAAACUUGCAGUAAUACAUCAUUUAUCAUGAAUAUUACUUGAAAUAAAGUAAGGUAAUGAAAAAGGAGUCUAUGAUGUGAGAGUCUUGUGCCUUCUAUGUAUUUGCCUUGUUAUGUGUUGAACAUGUCAAAAUAAUCUACUGUGGACAUUUUGCUAUAGAGAAUAGAGCUGCAUUGAAUUACAUUGGGCUCCACUGUAUACUACAGAUACACUACUGAGAAUUGUUUUAGCAGCUUAGGACAGACCUUCACCCAGAGAAUUUGGACAUUUUAACUGUCAACAUGGUUGUAAGAGAUUUCUUUUAGAUAGGGCUUGCUUUCAUUCGAAACUAACAUUAUUGAACAUUGGUAUAAAUAAUGUAUGUAUGUGAUUGGCUGAUUGGAAAUAGUGGUUUUGCUUUCACUUAGGAAAAAAAAUCAUUUAACAUGUAUAUAAUUUAAUUUUUCAGCCUUUAGAUGCAUAAUUCACAUUUUUUGUAAGAACCCUAUGCAAUUUUGUGGCAUGAUGUUUCUUCCACUUGUAAUUUAUGUGCUUUCAUCACAGAGCCAAAUAAAAUUUCUUAACAUUA